AUGAAGUCAGACAUUUCACAAGACCAAAGUACAUCCUCAAAUGUUCUUUCCCGUGAAAAAUAACUGCAUCACUGACUGAGAGUCUUUCCUUUCAUCUGUUUCUUAAGCAAACAAUUUACACCAUUAAAUAUCAAAAAAAUCACUGUGGAAAUCACGCCACCUAUAACAGGAUUCAAACUUCAGAAGAGUAAACCUCCCUGUGCCACUGCAGUCAUUUUCUUCACAACUGAGGGUCCGAGAUCACUGGAAGCAGGGCUGGAUGAAGGAAAAAAUCCAGGAGCUCAAGAAAAUUCAGCUUCAACAAUGGCAUGUGAAGCUGAACAUCACUGACUCUACAUCUCUUUCUACAGCUUCUACCUGAAAUCAACUCUAAAUAAUAAUAUAUUUGAUUAUUUUAUUUGAUAUUAUAUUUGAUUCCUUUUAAACUAUAUGGGUUUUAUUUAUUGCAAUGCAAUUUAUAAGUGUAUAUAUCUGAUGUAGCAUAUUUAUUGAUCAAUAUUUGGUUGAUGAAUUGUGCUGAAAUAAAGAAGAAGAUAACCUAAAGUAUUUUUAUUGGCAUGCAUUGCAUUACUUAAUGGGUUAAAUACUGGAUCUUUUACUAUACAAACACUCCCUUGUUGAGGAUCCAUGAAGUAUCUUUGUCAUGGUGACAUUGACUGCAAUAUUAAAAAAAUAUAUAAAUAUAUAAUCAACAUUUGUAAAUUAGUAACAAAAAAAGUUCUGAAAGUGAUCCCCAAGAUAUAAUUUCCCUAUAUUGUUAUCGCUAUAGCUGUGUGGACAAUGCUAUUCUUUUAUAUUUAUAACUAUAGAUUGUUAGAAUUAUAUCGUUAUCCUUAUAAUUAUCGUUCUUGGUGUGAACGUGCCUUAGAGAUAACAAAAGAUUUCUAUUUCAAAUAAAUGUUGUCCUUUUUCUGAAGGCUGAUUACAUACAGGUCUAUUCUUCUGUAGCCUAUAGUCUAGUUUAUUAAUAAAGAUGUUUUUCUGAUGACGGUCUCUGCUUUACACGAUCUACACACUUAACUUCAUUCUCGUCACGUGGUCACGCAUUUGAAGCGCGCGAGCCGUUAUUUGACUCCAGACCGUCGUCUUCUUUGGCUGUGAUUUUGUCUAAAAACAACACACAUUUUUGACAAACUGUUCACAAACGGUUAGAAAUGGGCUCGUUUUUCUCUUCGCCUCUGUCACAACAACUGCCUUACGUGUUUGAUCUGACCGAGUCUGAGCGCGAAGAAGUUGAAGAACAAGAAGAUGGUAUUUUUGCAGCGUUGCAUGCAUGUAAUUUGGCCAUUUGUGAAAGCAUGUAUCGGCAGAACGCUCUCGCCAAACUCGAGGAGGAGAAGUUUAAAGUGUACAGACGUUACUGGAGUGGAGUGGUUGAGAAGCUGAAGGAGAAAUACCCCCAGUGGACUUCUAGAGACAUCUCGAACCUUAGAUAUCAUUUUGAGGUUGUUACCGAAGAUUACAAGUAUCUUCUCCACUUCUGUGCCCUCGAGGAGCUGCUGGAGCUCUUUCAGGUGGACUGUUCUCCUGAGCAGCGCAGAGCGAUGUUUGACGCUGCAGACACUCAUGAAUGCGGCGCCAUCAACUUUGAGGGGUUUCUUGAGCUGAUGAACAAUAUGAACUUGAGGACUCCUGUACCGAGGCCUGCUGGGAUUGAAGAGAACAGAGAUGAGAUUAUGGUGGCGUUGUCUGAUGUAGCAGAAGCUCACACCUUCACACAGAUGAGUUUUGACACUUUCGCAGAUGUGAGCUCCAGGCCGUCAGCGAGCGUUCAGUGCUCGUGUACCCGCCGAGAACAGCUUCAUCUCGGCCAGUGCUUCGGGUAUUUGACGCUGUCUCUUAUGUAGAAAGCGGUUAAAAAUAUAAUUAAUUUGGGGUAUAUCAUACGGGCAAUCUUUGGUCUUAUUAAUUUAUUACUUGUUCCAGCUGCAAAUCGAUUUGGGUUAAGGGGAAAAUUAAAUUGCAUAAUUUUGUAUUUAGGCUAUAUUUAACUAGAAAAAUCCUGUACUAGAUGCUGCUUUUGUACGGUUGACUAAAUUGUUUGCUUGUGUUU